AUGGCCUGUUUGUUGUUUCUGUUAGUCUGCUGCAGGAGGAGCCAGCUGGAGAAGUCGUUCAUGGGAGUGUACGAAGGCACAGAGGAACACGUGCGAUGUGGCGAGGCUGCUCAUGAGGGCUGCGGCGCAAGAGGAAAAGAAACUCUAAAGUUUCUGUUCCUGCAAGACUUUGGGAAAAGAGAGUUGUGUGAUGGGUCUACAACUACUAACCUUGAACCAUUAUGUGGAAGGCCACUGGGUUUGAAAUUUAACCCAGUAACUUCUGAUCUCUAUAUCGAUGAUGUUUAUUUUGGCCUUCUAAUGAUUGGACCUAAUGGUGGCAUAGCACAAACUCUAAUUAGUUCAAUUGAAGGAAUCUCAUUUAAGUUUAUAAAUGAGUUAGAUAUUGAUAGUGGUACAGAAGUUAUCUAUUUUAUAGAUAGUAGUAGAACUUUCUACAAAAGAUUUUUGUCCAGAUCAUCUGAUAGUAGCGGAAGAGUAGCUUUGAGCAAAAAUCAUUCUUUUAGUUUGGUGGCGAAAAUAAUAUGGAGAAGAAUAUCGAAGUUCAAUCUUGAAACAAAUAAUUUUGAGCCCAAAGUGUUUGCUGAGCUACAUAGAGUUCCUAAUAAUAUUAAGAUGAAUCAUAAAGGAGAAUUCUGGGUAGCUUUAAAUGCAGGAAGCCUUGAAGAGAUCAAUGAUGAUGUUCCGGAUCCAAUAGGAAUUAAAUACGAUCAAGAAGGAAGAAUUUUAAAACAACUGGACGGAAAUGGUAAAGAUGUAUUUAGUUCUAUUAGUGAGAUUAACGAGGUUAACCGAACUUUAUAUAUUGGUUCGGAUACAAAACUGUUGCUAUUUUAA